AUGGCUUGGGGUGAUGACGCCCCCGCGGCAAAACUGCCCGAGCCGGGUACCGUUGUGGUUGACUCAGAUAAUCGGGAAGUGAUCCUCUCGGCCAAGAUUCAACACCCGGUGGAUAAACCCUGCAUCGAUGAAUACGGACAACGGGUGCAGGCGUUCGCCGGGUGUGCCACGGCGGCCGGAGGCGAUGCGAAGAUGGCCCCCUACUUCGUGUUUCUCGUCGACGUCGAAACGGAAGAAGUCUUCGACGGGCUGAUGAAACUGGGUUGUCGACCUCGCGUGCAUUACAGCAUUCAAGAGGGUCGACAACGUAGCGGACUGAACGCGGAUACCACUCCCGAUGAUUAUCUGCAGGGCGAUCCGGUGGUGCUUUCCGUGUUUUGGCAAGAUGAAGACGGCAACUGGGUUGAGAAGGCCUACGAGCACUUCGCCACGGAACUGACUACUGCGGGUGAUAAACAAAUCGAGAAGCCGUGGACCCCGCACUUCGAGUUUCACGGCAGCGGCGCGAUCCACAAGUCGGGCACGGGAUGCAUCGCCUGCCCUUGCGACUGCCCGGGCGGGAUCAUCGCUGAUAACCGCUACCCGAUCUACGAUCCCAAACCGACCGUGCGGUUCGAUAUGAGCAAUGCCCCGCCGGAAGGAUCAUCUCCUUUGAAGACAACGUUGCAUGACUUUCUGACGGCAGCGUUCUGCUCGCUGUCGACGAUUGCUUACACAGCGUCGCCCGUCUGCGCAGAGCCGGUCGAAGUGCUCGAGGCACACGACGAGUAUGUCUAUAUGAUCGUCUUCAGUGAAGACGAUCGGCGGAUGGUCACCUCCUCGGGGGACGAUACGGCCAUUGUAUGGGAUAUACAAAGUCGAAAACCUUUGCUUCGUUUGCUUCAUGAAGCAGCCGUGUACGCGGCGGUGAUUACCCCCGACGGCAAGACAAUAGCCACCGCAAGCAGCGAUGGACUGGUAACGCUGUGGAACGCGACUGAGGGCACGAAAUUCAAACAGGUGCAGAAGCACCGCGACGCCGUGUACUGCGUGGCAAUCUCUCCCGAUGGAAAGCUCCUGGCCACAGGCGGUGGGAGUACCGACGGAGGAGAUACUACGUGUCGUCUCUGGAAGAUGCCCGAGCUAGAACUUGUCGCCGAAUUCCCCGGUCACAAACGGCAAGUUUACGGCCUGGCUUUUUCUCCCGACGGUAAACUUCUCGCCACCACCAGUAGCGACAAGACGGUUCGCCUGUGGGAUCUCGCUACUGGGAGCUAUCAAGAAUUGCUCGGGCACACCAGCGAUGUGUAUCGCUGCGAUUUUUCUUCCGACGGAAAGUUGCUCGCAACCGCCAGCGAGGACAAAUCGAUCCGCGUGUGGUCGGUCGAAACUGGUGAGACGCUUCACACUCUGUUCGGGAACAAGCGAGACCCCUUCUAUGCCACGGUGUUCUCUCCCGAUGGUUGUCUCCUGGCGGGGGUGGCCAGCGACCGCAGACUUCGCGUGUGGAAUAUUACCGACUGGCAGCUUCGUUCGGACGAUCGCUACUCCGACGCGGCGUUAUACACGGUGGAAUUCACGCACGAUCACCAUCAUGUUGCCGUAGCAGGGGAAGACGGCAAGGUUUAUCUGAUCGAUACACCCGGCAGUGAAUAG